ACAUAAUCUAAGCGAAUUUAGUUGUGCUCUGACUGUUGUUGGUGGCAUACUGGUGUGUUCACUGUAGACCCCGUACUAUCACACUCGGCUGUCGUCGGCAAAGGGUGAAAAAUUUCCACUUAAAUUAAUAAUAGAUACAACCGCAGUGUAUCAAAUUUAAUAAAUAGAAGAACACGUGUCAUACAGUAUUUUAUCGUCGUUACAAGUGUCGUAUCUAUGUUUAUCAGUGCGUCGUGUAAACAGCAACAACAUAUAGUAUUGCUCAGACUCAGACUACCUUAGAGAUCUGUGCCGUUGACAAAUAGAGACAACCUUCACCUUGAAUUAAUUGAUUGUUCGCGACGCGAUGAGCAUCAGAGUAUUCGCCGUUACUCAGCACUUUUACAAGAGUGUGCUCAGCAGAUCGGGCAGACAGCGUUCUCGCAUUUGUCUCCGGCGCUUAUCUGCAGAACCUCCAGCGGCCGUUAAAGGUCACGACUUUCACCCCGCCCACCUGCACUAUAUUGGCAAGGAUCCGCUGGUCUAUCGCAAUGUCGGCCAGGAACUGGAACGCGCUGCUUCCGAAUAUGGCAAUACGGAAUCCAUUGUUUCGUGUCACGAACAAAAGCGUUACACAUUCCGCGGCCUCAUUGAGGAUGUUGAUCGUGUGGCUGCUGGUCUUUUGAAACUCGGUUUGCAGCAAGGUGAUCAUGUGGGGAUUUGGGCGCCCAACAAUAUGCACUGGUAUCUGACGAUGUUGGGCGCAGCUCGCGCCGGUUUGGUGUCGGUGGGUAUAAACCCCGCCUUUCAGGGCCCCGAAGUGGAGUACUGUCUAAAGAAGGUCAAAGUGAAAGCCAUAAUCAUGCCGGAGACCUUUAAGACACAAAACUACUAUGAAAUUAUCAAAGGUAUUUGUCCGGAGUUGCCCGACAGUGUUGAUGGCUGCAUAAAGAGUGCCAAUCUGCCACAUUUGAAGUACGUCAUUGUCGACACGCCCAACAAAUUGAAGGGAUCGCUUACUUUCGACGAUUUGCUCGGUUUGUGUAACCCAGCUGAACGUGAGGCUAUCAAACAACUGCAGUUUCAUGUUCUACCAGACAGUGGCUGCAAUAUACAGUUCACCUCUGGCACCACAGGCAAACCGAAAGCUGCUGUGCUGUCACAUUACAAUUUCGUUAAUAACGGCAUACAUAUCGGCAACCGUAAUCAACUCGACAGCAGUUCACGCAUCUGUGUGCAAGUGCCGUUAUUCCAUGUUUAUGGCGUUGUUAUAACUGUAAUGGCUGCGAUGACGCAUGGCAGUACAUUGGUGCUACCCGCAGCUGGGUUCAGUCCGGCCGAUUCCUUACAUGCCAUUGUCAAAGAGAAAUGCACCGUUAUCCAUGGCACACCCACGAUGUAUGUCGAUCUCAUUAAGAAGCAAAGAGAGCUAAAUCUGCCACUGAAGACAGCAAAAAUGGCAAUCACGGGUGGAGCGCCGUGUUCGCCUCAGCUUUUCUUAGAUAUUAAAAAUGUUCUGGGUCUGGAUCAUGUGCGUACCGUUUAUGGUUUAACCGAAACCACCGCCGUGAUAUUCCAGUCCAAACCGAGUGAUAAGAUGGACAAAAUUUUGAACACUGUAGGACAUCUAUUGGAUCACAUUGAAGUGAAAGUGGUCGAUGCUGAAGGCCGUAUAGUACAAUUCGGUGAACCGGGUGAGCUUUAUGUACGUGGCUAUGCGACCAUGCUGGAAUACUACGACGAUGCGGAGAAAACUAAGGACACCAUCGGUAAUGACAAAUGGCUUAAAACCGGCGACCAAUUCAUUCUACAAGCAGACGGCUAUGGACGUAUUGUGGGACGACUGAAGGAGAUGAUCAUACGUGGAGGAGAGAAUCUUUUCCCCAAAGAAGUCGAAGACUUUCUCAACUCACAUCCGAAAAUCAUUGAAGCGCAUGUCAUUGGAGUGCCAGAUGAACGCUUGGGUGAGGAGUGCUGCGCCUUUGUGCGAUUGCAAGAUGGCGUCGCGAGCAUUACACAUGACGAAGUGAAGGAAUUCGCUAAAGGAAAGUUGGCACACUUCAAGGUACCUCGCUAUAUCAUACCUAUAGAUCAGUUUCCCAGAACUGCCUCUGGCAAAAUACAAAAGUUCAAACUCGCCAAGGCUUACAACGAAAUGCAAAAGUAAAAGCAGUAUUUGUCUAUUGGAAAGAAGAUGAGACUCGCACUAAUAUUCGUCAUCUUUUUAUUUGUAAAAUUGUUCAACAUUAUUAAAAAAUAGAAUAAAAGAACUCAGUAAAUAUGAAA